UUCGUCCUGCUUAUCUCCUCCACGCUUCGCUCCUCGUUGCUUGCCGUUUCGCCCACUGCAACCUCUCCUCGAUUCCUCUCCCGUGGAAAAUUCUCGGGCUUACCAUGAGGGGCGCCGCGAUCCAGGGCCACGGCCUCGCCCGCGCGCCGCCGGCCGCCGUCCCGCUGCUGCACCCGCGGCCGCGCCGCGCUGUCGGGGUGGCCCCCCGCCACCGCCUGAGGAGCGACCUCCUGCCGCUGCUGCUGCCCACCGCCGCGCCCUUCCGGGCUCGCUCCCCGCCCUCGUCUUCCUCCUCUAAUGUGAACCCCAGGACAGGGGAAGGCGCGGACGAGCUGCUCGAGGAAUUGCUCCAGAAGCACGGCGAGGUCGUGUACAGCUCCGGCGGGGCCAGCAGCGCGUCUCUGGCCAGCGAGGCCGACGAGGACGCCGAGUGCCUGUCACUGGCUGUUUCUCUGGCUAAAGUUGCAAGCGAGGUCAAGGCCGCCGACAUUCGUGUGCUGUUCGUGAAGCCGAUUGUCUACUGGACCGAGUUCUUCAUCAUCCUCACCGCCUUCUCGAAUGCACAGAUUGAGGCCAUCAGUUCCAAAAUGAGAGACAUCGGGGAGCAGCAGUUCAGCAGAGUUGCGUCUGGUGAUACAAAACCCAAUUCAUGGACCUUGCUGGACUUUGGCGAUGUCGUCGUGCAUAUAUUUCUUCCCCCGCAGCGGGAGUUCUACAACCUGGAAGAGUUCUACGGCAACGCCACUCCCAUCGAACUCCCUUUCGAGACCCAGCUGCAGUAACUACCGCUCGAAUCUUGGCAUUGGAGCCAAACGAGGACGGUCACUCAAAGACCCGCAGGUAGAUAGAUAGCUUGGUCGCACAGCUGGACAGGACAGUGAUGCCGGGAGACCACUCUCCUGAAGUAUGCGAAAUUGGCGCCGUCAUGCAAACAUUCUUGUAAUCUGUUGUUAUACCAUGUGUAUCAUUGUAGCAACUAAGCACCAUUGAACAAUGUUAACAGCAAGAGGAAUAGAAUCCAGAAAGAUUGGUGGUA